GUGCUCUCUUCACUUGACCGACUUCACUCUCUCACCAACUCUCCCAUUCUCUCCUCCCCCGCCCCCCAAGCCUACCCCCUUCUAUAUAUAUAAAUCCUCCCCUCCACUUCUUACUCACACAUCAUCUCCAAGCAAUCGCUUCCCUCUAUUUUCUCUCGUUUUCUCGCACUUUCCCACACUUUCUUUCAUCGAGAAUUCUAGAAUUAAUCCAAUCUGUUAUGGCUCUUGAAGCUCUGAAUUCCCCCACCACAGCUACUCCUUUUAGUUAUGAAGAUACCUGGACUAAAAGGAAAAGAUCCAAGAGACCUCGCAGCGAAUCCCCUCCUACUGAGGAUGAGUAUCUCGCUCUCUGCCUCAUCAUGCUUGCUCGCGGCGGCGCUGGCGGAUGCACCACUAAAGAAGCUGAAUUUUCGUCUCCACCGCCACCACAACCGCCUGCUUUGACUCUUUCUUAUAAGUGUACCGUUUGUAAUAAGGCUUUCCCUUCUUAUCAAGCUCUUGGUGGACACAAGGCUAGCCAUAAGAAAUCCUCCUCUGAGACCCCCACCGCCAAUGAUAACCCUUCAUCCUCUAACAUCAGCAGCACCACAACCAACACCGCCAGUGGUAGGACCCAUGAGUGUUCUAUUUGCCAUAGGACUUUUCCCACCGGUCAAGCCUUAGGUGGCCAUAAGCGCCGUCACUAUGAAGGCCCUAUUGGUGGUGGUAACAACAAUAGCAGCAGCGCUAUAACCUCAUCAGAAGGCGGAGCAAGCCAGAGUCAAAGUCAAAGUCAAAGCCGUGGCGGCGGAGGCGGCUUCGAAUUUGACCUGAAUUUGCCGGCUGUGCCUGAGUCGAAUGAUUUAAGUAUCAACCAACGAGCGUUUAGAGAGCAAGAAGUGGAGAGUCCUCUGCCUGGAAAGAAACCAAGAUUGUCAUUGUUGCUUAAGCAAGAAGAAACUGAAAUGAUCGUUUCCUUGCAAAAUUGAUUUACAGAGAUACAUAGAUUUCAGAUUAGGAUGAUUAGAAAGAUUAUGUUUGAAUUUUUUUUAUUUUAAUUUUUUUUUAUGGUUCUGUACUGUACAGAAAAUUUUUUUUUCAUUGUUUUUCUUGAAAGUCUCAUGUUAUAAUUAAUGUUUCUAUCCUCUAUCUUUCAUAAUAAUAAUUAAUUUAAUUUUUUGA